AUGCAUGUUCUCCCUUUGGUGGCAUUCCUCCCUCUCAUUCUUGGAACAAUAUCCUCAGCGCAAAGUGCACUAUCCAAGGCAGAAACUGCCCUCGAUGUCUUGCAGACAUGGUAUAAUGGCAGCACAGGGAUAUGGGAUACAUCUGGGUGGUGGAAUGGAGCCAAUUGCAUAACAACUGAUGGCUCCUACGAUGACGACUCCUGGUGGGCACUCGCCUGGAUCGCAGCAUAUGAUGUCACCAAGAAUCAAGAUUACCUAGACCUGGCGAUCGGCAUCUUUGACCAUCUGACCAACAACGGGCCAACCACUUGCAGCCGUGGCGGAAUCUAUUUGGAUGAUAACCACAACUAUGUGAAUGCUAUUACUAAUGAGUUAUUCCAGUCUGUCGCUGCACAUCUGGCGAACCGCGUGCCAAACAAAGAGAAAUACGUUGGCUGGGCUCGACGCCAAUGGAAAUGGUUCCAGAUCAGCAGAAUGAUCAAUGACCAAGGCAUCAUUAAUGAUGGACUAACAGAUUGCAAGAACAGCGGACAGCCUAUAUGGUCCUACAACCAGGGCGUCAUUCUCGGUGGCCUCGUUGAGUUGGAUCGAGCUGCUCCCGAUCCAUCAUACUUGAAAGCUGCGUCCAGUAUUGCCAAAGCUGCCAUUGAAACACUAGCCGACUCGAACGAUGUGAUCCACGACACAUGCGAACCAAAGAUCUGUGAUGCGAACGCAAGGCAGUUCAAGGGAAUCUUCAUCCGAAAUCUUAGUCUCCUGCACCGUGUCUCACACAAUGAUGAAUAUGUCAAAGUUAUUCGAGCAUAUGCGGAAAGCAUAUGGACCCAUGGUCGGAACAGCACCAACAAUCAGCUGGGAGUGGGUUGGGCAGGUCCGAUCACAAUAGUCGAUGCGUCCACCCAUAGCUCAGCAAUGGAUGCGCUGAUAGCAGCGAUUGCCAUUACCUAA